AAUCAUUCGUCUUAGAUGGGUUGAACUGAGGCUCGCUAGGCUAUCAGUACCUACGCUUCCGCUCUCCUGCGCCAAUGCUCCCGCCGUGGUUCUAGCCUAGCUUGCUAGACCUCUCAUCUUGGUGUACAUUGUCCACCUUGAAGACCCAACGGGCCACCUGUCCGACUAGUCAUUCUCAUUCGUCAGCAUGACUGUGGAGGACAACAUGUUCAACCACUCGCUUUCUCAUGGCAAGUCAAUGUAGGCCUUUUAUUGACGAGGAGGUACUCUGUACACGACUUUUGGCCAUGCAACUACCCAUCCCUUCUGUUCUCCUUUCGCACAGUCAUACAAAAAUCCCCCGAUUCUGUCACGAACCGUCUUCCUUCUCGGCUUCCACCCGCUUCGAUGACAGGUCCAGCCGUCCUGGCCUAGGCGGGCUAUCAACCCUCCUUUAUCCUGCAACCAGCAUUGCUCUGCACCACAUGAGCCUGCACAGAGGGAGGCUGCGAUCUCACCCGGCUUGUUUUCAAACGUCAGCUGAUGGAGAUUCUUUUUCCGCGUCUACGACCAACCUGACAAUCCUCAAGUGGCGGGGGUCUGCAACGGUUUACACGACGGAGAUGGCAAUACUCUUUGCAUCCUCUAUAUUAUGAUGUCCUGUGACAAAGGUAUUGGCGGUUCAUGGCACCCUUGGUCACAUUGAGGAUGGUAGCAUUCGGGGGUUGCCUUCAGCACUACUUCCUGUCGUGCCCACACCCUACGGAGGGAUCUUCCUGGUUGCCUCCCACAAAAGUGUGGCGGCAGUUCUAGCCUCGUUGGGGCUCCAUCCUGGUAUUGAUGCGCCUUUGUGUGACCAAGAGGCACCUGAAACUCAGUCUCUGAUUUGUCAAAUCGCGCUGCACGUUGGGCUUCUAGGGAAUGAGGUCAACCUUUCGACAUCUUGUGCGACCAAAAUAUCCUGUGAUGUUCCGCAGGCUUUUUGCAGCCCUUGCCCAGGGGCUGACAUUG